AUCACUAUUGAGAGAGAACAGCAUCCAGCCAGCCAGGCGGCCGUACAUCGUAGAUCACACAUAGUGCGCGGCUCGGUUGAAUUUAGUCUACAUUUAAGAGCGUUCUGCUAGAAAACAGCAUCACGGAAGAUGAAGGCCGGUUAUUGGAUAACAACAAUCUUUUUCGCCUUGAUGUUGAUAAAUUAUGGCGACGCAACAACCAUUACCCAUAAAUGUUUUCAAACUGGCUACGAUCAGUUCUGCCUCAUCCAUGACGUUUUCUACAAACGUAAUGCUUCGGUAAGAUACGUCUUUCCUCAGAACUAUUCCUACGUUCGGAUCGGAAACGAUGGUUGGAACAAGGGAAUACAAUCGGUCAUCGAACAUUUGGACGGCCAAUUGUACAAGGAGUUGGGCAGCCCUCCGAUGUUGGAAAUCAUGAAUUCAGAUAUGCAGUCAAUGGAAGUCCCACGACAACUACGUCAUGGAGGUUUUGCCAAUAACGACAUCAAAUGGUUUUCUCUAGAAGAAGGCUCCGAAACGCCGGUCCUCCAAUAUCUAGAUUUGUCCAGCAAUUAUAUCUCCAACAUAACAAAUGUGUCUAUUUUGGUCAACCUAGUUCAUCUGAAUCUCAUUUCGAACGGAAUAGAUUCCCUGGAAGAACACCCCUUCAAGCCACUGGUUAAGCUUGAAGUUCUCUUCCUGAACUACAACAGCAUAGCAACAUUUCAAAGUGAAGAUUUCCCACCCUCUCUGGUCUACAUCUCACUCUUCGCUAACGACAUCACCAAGAUCAACUACACCGGACUAUCGUUCCCCGUCCUGGAAAGACUAAACCUGGAGCGGAACGACCUCUCGAGCCUAGACAUUCCAAAAAUUCUAGAAGCGAUGCCGAAAUUGAAUACCUUCCUGAUCGGGGUAAACGAUCUCGGCCACAGCGACCUAAGGCGGGUGAUCGAACAGCUCAAACAUCACAACAUCACCUACGUCUCCAGCAUGGACGAGGCCAGCUGCUACCACAGCGAGGUGGAAAUCGAUGGUGUCUGUGCCACCCCGGAGCUGAUGGGUGCCGGAUGGCUCAAGUCGGUGUUGCUCAGUCUGGUGACUCUCGGGAUGUUGGCAUUGAUCAUCCUGUGCACCUGGUGGGUGCUGCGGCAGAUGAGCAGAUAGGUGUUUGGGACUUUAUAACACCGAGAGGAAUAUAGCUUAGCUUAUGUCGUUUGUUAAAGUUGAAACUUUUUUUUUGAAUUUAUACUUGAAACCAGAAGGAUUUAUAACAUGUAGUCGACUAGUAUACUAACUUAGCGCGGGUGUCGUUUAUUCGGUUUGAAACAAGUGAAGUAAAACUAUGAAAAAGCACCUACAAA